AUGCAUUCAUCGUUUGCGUUGCUUCUCGCCACGUGCGUAACGCUGGUAGCCGGCGGCGUGCUCGCUGGUGAGGACGCCAACACGUACCACAACGGCGAGCCGGUGCGGGUGUAUGGCAACAAAAUAGGCCCGCUGCACAAUGUAUUUGAGACGUACGACCUGUUCCGCGCCCCCGGUUGCCCGCCCGCCAGCUGGGAUCAGAAGGCUCCGACACUUGGCCAAGCACUUGUUGGUGACGAGCUGUACGAAAUGAACGUUACGAUACGAUACGGUGGCGACGUGACGGGGGGACUUAUCUGCCACUUCAAGCCCAGCGAUGCGGAGGUAGCGCGGUGGCGUGAAAUGAUCGCUGAAGGUUACGCGUACCAGCUGCUGCUGGACGAACUGCCGCUCUGGGCAAGUUUUGGGCGAGUGGUGAAGGGGGAGCCUAUGAUUUACCUACACCGCACCUUCCACCUCGGCGUGAACCAGCAGCAUAUUGUCAACGUGACGCUAGAGACCGGCAACCUUGAGGCUCUUCGCAUUGGCAAGACGUAUGCUUUCACAUAUUCGGUUCGUUUCAAGCCGUCUUCUAUUCCGUUUGAGGACCGCUUCGCAAAGUAUGUGGAUGAGGAGCUCUUCGAGCCCCGCAUUCGAUGGUUUGCUAUCGGCAACUCCCUACUGCUAGCUGUAUUCCUCGUUGUUGUGGUCACAACAAUUCUCUCUCGCCUGCUGCGAACCGACUAUCAGCGCAUUGAGCACGAGCUACGCAUGCGGGAUGAAGGCAACGACGACCUCGUCGACAGCACGGGGUGGAAACAGCUCUACGCCGACAUUCACCGCGUCCCCUCAAAUCCGACGCUUUUGUGUGCUCUCAUCGGCACGGGAGUACAGCUCUCCGUGGUGUUUGUGCUAGGAAUCAUCACGGCAGCAUUUUACAGUCUGCACCGCAAACCAACUCAAGGGGCCGUUACGGUCGUCGCUGUGGUGUACGCCCUCACAGGUGUUGUGGCGGGAUUUGUCUCGUCGGCCCAGUUCAUGCGGUACGCAAUGCUGAGCCCUGCCCUUUCCAAGAAGUGGAUGCGCUGCAUGGAGCUUACAAUGCUUGUAUUCCCGCUGUUCCUUGUGUCUUGUGGUACUGUUACGAAUGGGCUCGCACACCUCUACGAGUCAGCUCGGGCAGUCCAUCUUGGCGGCGUGACGUUUUUGAUGGCGCUGCUGCUUGUGGGAUUCUGCCCGUCAGUGGUGGCAGGAACACUCAUGGGCCGCUAUUUGUACCGGCGCCUCGCGUUGUCCCCGCGCAGUCAUCGCGACUUGCCACAUGUGAACCAGAUUCCCCGGCUUAUACCGCCGCCGCCAAGCACUCUUCUGUCCACCGGGAUUUUCAUCCUCCUCUGCGGCUUGCUGCCCUUUGGCUCCAUUGUUUUUGAGCUCUGUCUUGUAUUGAGUUCUAUAUGGCUGAACAAGCUUUACUACUUGUACACGUUCCUGUUGUUGGCAUUUAUUAUAUUCACGGUGGUCACAUGUUGCGUUUCAAUCACUGCGACCUAUGUCCUUCUCAACAUUGAGAACCACCGCUGGUCGUGGGUGGCGUUCGGUUUCGGUGCGUCUAGUGGGCUGUACGUGUACCUCUACGCUGUGUAUUUCUACGUCUUCCGUACAGAAAUGAGCGGUUUCUUCACGCUUGUCUUCUACUUUACAUAUUCCGCGACACUUUCGGUUGCUAUUGGUGUUACCGGUGGGUCCGUUGCGUUCCUCGCUGCGUCACUGUUCAUACGGAAGAUAUACGCCUAUGUGAAGGCUGACUGA